CGCUGUUGCGCGCUUGCACGGCUGUGUCUCGUGUGUGUCUGUCUCUAGUGUGUGUGUCUAGUAGCAAGUGGUGUGUCCGAGUGUGUGCGAGAUAGUGCGGUGCUGUCCUUUGGUGCGGGCGUCGCUGCUCAACUAAGCCCUGAGUGACUCCGCUUACACCCAAAACCCUUCCAAUCAACGCUAGCAGCGCGCGCACGACGACGACGACGACGCUGACAAACAUUGCGCAAUCAAGCUGCUCCGGAACCAGUAGGCCAACGAGCGCCACGCCAGGACACUCAAACUGAGCUUUCCUGCCACCCAUCAUCCAUCCACCCACCCACCCAGGACGGGAAGUCGAACGUCGAAAGGAAGGAGAAGGUGACAACGAGCUAUAGCGCGUAGCGCCAAAAACAGCAAAAGAAAAAAAAACCCCACAACCAACACAGAGACCGCCGGCCAUAGAAUGCAGCUGCCAAAAACUGUGACGUACUCGCAGGUGACGGUGGUAGUGGUGGUGCUGCUCGCGGUCCUCACCGUCGGUAGCCGGGCGUACCCACAGUCCGAACCGGAUCCGGCCAAAGCGAACCGCAACAGUCUGCUGCUCCGGCGGGGCAACGUUGGCCGACCGCUCGGCCGCACGACACCGACCACCACCAGCACCACCACGACGACCGCAUCGCCCGAUUAUGCCGAGGACGAGUACGCGGACAACUACGACGAGGGCAAGGGUGAGGCGGGUGCGGACGGUGCCGACGGUGGUGGUGGUGAACCGGUGACGACGACGACCACCACGACGGAGGCCCCGAAAAAAAUCCGGCCCAGUAUCCGCCCGUUCCGCAGCAACGACGAUCUGCUGACCGCCCUCAAGAAGCGGCGCCAGGAGUCGAAGAACAGCAAGCCGUCGGCCGCCGCGCUGCCGAAGGAGAAGACGUACGACGAUGAGGAGGUGCCGGCGGUGCAGGCCGCAACCGCCGCCGCCGCCAGCAAACCCGCGAAAGCUCCCGCAAUCGGUAAAAUUGCAGAUAAUAUAGUAUUUUCCUUCACGAAACCAUCCAACAAGCGGCGCUUCGGUAGCGGGGCGGCCCGCCGGGACACCGAGUCGGAGCAGCAGCAACAGCAGGGUGGAGAGCAACAGGGCACCGAGGAGGCGAGUGGUACGGGCGCCAAGUCGCUGAUCGGGCGCCUCGGCCGGUCGCGGUUCGCGCUGAAGCAGUAGUACACGACGGUGCGUGCAGCAGCAGUAGUACGCCAGCAUGAGAAUCCUGGCCCCUCAGAUCAUUCCUCUCCCUCUCCCUCUCCAUACCCCUGUGCAGAACUCACAGGUCCCGAAGGGCGGGGGGGGGGGGGGGGGGUGCGGCAAGAUCGUCGGCGGUCGGGGUUUAGUGAGGAGUAUAGGGAAAUAUACAACCGCCCAAUUCCCCUACCCCGCAUCCACCCGAUCCCAUAAACACCCUUCCCCUCCUCCUCCUUCCUCCACCCUCGACACCGUUCAGCAAACAGUAGUAGAGACAAAUACUACACUAGCGAGUGUUGAGAGCAGCUUCAGUUUAUUCCAAGUUCUUCUCACUCCGAUAUUUUAAAAUAUCCUUCUUCAUAUUCCUGUUCCUUCUUCUUCUUCUUCAUCCUUUAUUACCGUCUAGUUGGAAAAUAAAAUGUACGAUCCCUUUUUUUAAUUUUAGAUGGAAGAGUA